CGGCUGCUGCAAUCAUGGCGUCUGAACGUGACAGCGGGCGCGUGCCGCAUCUCGCGCUGCUUCUUGCGUAAAAAGAAAAAAACUACGCACUUUGCAUAACUUGACAGCCAAAUGGCGUCCGAAUCGACCAAGUUGCAGCGACUCAAAGCCAUACUGGCGAAGAACUCUGCCGCUAGUGCAGCGAGUGAAAAAGUAGUAAGCCCACUCAGUCAGCGCGCCACCGAUUCCAGCGAUAGCGUUGGUACGUCACUAGUGCAGGGCGAUCGGACUGGCAGCUUGCAAAACUCCGAGUCAAUAGGAUCCGGGCUGCCGCCAACAGGGAGUGGAAACGAAAACGACUUGUCGACACAGCAGACGACCAUGCACGAACUCCCAAACGCCAAGCAGGACAGCGGCCUCAGCAAGCUUGACCGGCUCAAAGCCAUCCUGGAGGAAAGCAGGAGGAAAAAGGCGGCUAGCCUCCAGGGUGUGCCGCCGGCUUCCUUGCCAGACACUUCCCAUGAAAAGGCACUGCCAAACAGUACUGCACCGGCUGCCGGCAGCAGCUGUGAUGGAACGGGCGCGGUUCACUCCUCUGGACCGACGUCAUCAGAACAGACCUCUGAAAAAGCUAAGAAGCUGAAGGAGCUGCUUGAAAGGAAAGCCCAAAAGAGAGUGACCGUGCAGCAGUUGCUGAGCUCGCCAACGUCCCCUGCCCUAGAGUGCGUUUCAAACAACGACCGAAAGGGCGGUGAAACCUCACCAACGGGUCCCUCAUCCUCCGAGCCCCGCUCAAAGAAAGAUGGCAACGACAAAGGUGUCAGUCGGUUUCCGCACUCGAGGCUUCCCCUGGGCAUGCGAGUCCCAGUGGUCAUCAUCCGAUUCGAAGAGGAUGAAAAGGUAAUCUACCUGCAAGAGGUGUCGGCUCUACGAGACCUAGUCAAGAUGGUGAAGGCACUGAACGCCGUGGUGUCCCUAGAGAAACAAAUCGAGGAGCCCGUUCCAGGUGAUCUCGUUGCUGUUCUGCACAAGAAGGACUCGACGUGGUACCGCGGACAAAUUGGACUUGUUAAGCACAACGAAAAGGACGCAGCAAGCGGCGAUCGGCACAGGUCAAAGAAGAAGGUGCGAGUGUGGUUCAUGGAUUAUGGGCGUUGGGAAGACGUUUCUCUUGACUCCUUGCGCCAUCUGCCGAACGGCUACGAGCGGCUUCCGGGCUUCGCCAUUCCUGUCACGCUGCACGGACUGAAGAAGAUCAUGGUACCCAAAGAUUUCAAGUUCGAAGCCAGCUUUUUCGACUGCCGAGGUCGUUACCAAUAGUGACCAGCAAUCGAUUCGAUUGCACAAUCGCAACGAUGACAUCUGUCUCAACGACAUGCUCGCAGUGUACGCAGAGUGUACCGGUGAUGCGCCCGCAUCGUAACUACCGCGAGUGAGCACAUUUUCAAGUCUGAACUGGAGCUUUUGUUUUCAGGUAUGGCCAUUUGGUCUUUUUGGUAUUGUAUCACGACCGCUUUGGGUUUUAGUGGGAAUGCAACGUACAGGCAAUAAAGGCAUGCCGAGAAACACACGUGCAUUGCUGUGUGCAUAUUUAUUUGUAUGCUAUCUAUUCUCCAUGUGGCACAUUCAUACUAUCAUGACAAAAUCCUUCUUUGGUGUAGACAAGUUUAUAUCGUUAUUACGUAAUAUAUAGGUGUAAGUUUACUUUGUUUAGACUAUGAAAGUGCCCGAACUGUAUUGAUAGCACACGUUGCAUUAAACACGCCUUGCUACUAUGUCUUGGAAUGAAGGAUUUCAAUUAGUCUCUCUCUUGUUUGUGCAUUCUCGCUCUGUGUCGGUCAGACAUGGCUCCCAGAUGUCAAAAUGCAGUGCUAAUACGUCUUGCACGAGCAAGUUAUGAUGUUUGCACAUUGCCUUGUGUCGUCUUGUCUGAAGACUUUGUUGCAUUUUACAUCUAGUAAUACACAUAAAGAACAAAAAGGGGGCUAGAGCAUGCAAAGACAUUUUCGGAAAUCUCUGAGGUAGUGAUUGUUUGUGGAAUGUGGACCACAGAGGGUGCAAUGAUUCUACUAACGAACAAGGUAGAUCUCCUGCAAAGUGUUGCACAUCUGCAGUGGUGUCUAUUGCCUUCAGCUUUUGUACAAACAGCAUAUAUGUCCAGUCUGUUGAAAACAUCUGAGCUUCUUCAUUCAAUGUUACAUUUGUAGAGUGUUUAUGUUGUGAUUUUGUGUACAUACGGCAUUGUGUACAUACGACAUCUUGAGCACAAUCAUGUCCUGCAAGUUGUAAGAUAAGCAUUAUCAUAAGUUACAUCUUCUGAUGCAAGAUGGCAUCGAACAUAGUCACAAAUCUACACCUGGCAUUAUCACAAACUGCAUUUCCCACUAAUGAAUACAAGCGAGAACUUUCUCUCUCUUUUUUUUUUUUGUUAGGGCUUGGGGUAUGAUGUCAUUCUUGGCCUAAUUCACCUAACAAGUUGUGCAACAUAACCUUUCACUAUUACAUUGCAUGUUUAAUCUUGUCAAUGAGCUUAUUUUAAAUUGUCACCGUCAUUUUUUGUGCUUACUGUUGUGACAGCGUGUAAUCGUUGAGGGAUAAUGUAGCAUAAUUACGAUAAUGCUCGCCAAGUGUCGCGGAUGAAGGUCAACGUAUCGUGUGCCCCCUUCUAAAAAAUUAUAACUUUCUUCAUGUUUCGAUUUUACAGAGGACCACGCUAUAUCGCGGUGCGCCAUCUUUGUGAUACAAUGUGAGUGCAACAUGUCAGCGCAUUUUCAUGCAUCCGGGUUGUCUGGCCUGGAUCUAUUUUGCCACGUCCAGAGUUAAAACAGUGCUUUGACACGCUGAUGUUAAAUGGAAUGCAGCUACGUCCUAUUCGGUUACAUCUACCCAACGUCACCAAUUAUCUGCUACCUUCAUUUUGGCUGCAUGAGCCUACUGUGUUUUUUUAAUGCGACUUCAAUGUCAUCACCGACCGUGUUGUGCACUGCAAAAACUUGGCCAACCUUUUACUGUUAAUCAACUGCCGUUUUUAUGCCACUUACGUAUUUCUUGAGGAAGUAAAAGAUUAAACCCCUCAGAUGUAAAUUAAUCGAGCUAUUUAACUGCGGGAACAACCUCUGGAGAAGUCGUGCAGAUGCGGUGGUGGUGAUUAUGGGGCCUCAGAGACGUGUGAAGCAUAAGAAUAUAUGUGCAAUGACCGCCUUUGUAUAAUGGCUGGCCUCAGAAGAAUGCUUAUAUUGGUGUGAGGGUAGCUCCUUUGAAACAUACUUUUGCUCGUGUUGCUAGUGUUGUGAAAUAUAUAUUUGUACAGUCAGCAUGAGCGUGACAAUAUUGCUUAACAAAAGCAAAUAAAAUGUUUUAAACACUCUC